AUGAAAUGGAUUUCAUGCACUGUUACUGUGGUUGUGUUGUGGGUCACUGCUGUGUCCACUGGUGGUACACUGUGUGAUUCUGAUGGAGUAAUCUGUCGAAUAUCGAAUCUGAACAUAACAUCUUCACCGGAAGCGUUUACUCUAUUGGCACAGCAACCAUCAUCCGUCACAACAUACACUAGCGUAAUGAUCCAACAGCUCAUUAUGGGUUCGACAACGAUCGCUGAUCUUCUAAUCAACGCCUCGACCAUCACAAACUCCGUCCUGUUCAAGAAAUUCCACGAGAAAAACAUAUUCCUCCCCCGUAAAGUGACUCUCGAGGCACUAACCGUGCAAGAGGCUCGCAAUCUGCAAACAUUCAUUAUUCCAACUAAUAAACAUCUUAAACAGCUCGAAAUAACCCACUGUGCGGUCUCGAUUGUUCCACCGGCAUUUCGCAACUUAGUGUCCCUGAAGGAGUUACGCUUGAAGUUGUGCUCUAUUAAGACGCUUAAUCUGGCGCUGCUCGCUACUCUCAGGCACUUGGAAACGGUACAGCUUAUCGGUAACAACAUAACAACCAUUUACCCACCACAAUCUGCGCUCGCAGCCAACAUUCGCACGGUCGAUCUGUCGUACAAUCAGCUGCGUCGUAUAGACAUGUCAGUAUUGCGAUCGCUUAAACUGAUGCAAACUCUCAAUCUAGAACACAACCAGCUGUCCACCGUCGACUAUCGUCCGGGUGAAGUGGUGACACUGCCAAGGCUAACCACAUUACGGUUAUCCAACAACAAAUUGGAGCGAAUCUCUUUCGAGCAGUUGAAUGCAACCAGUCUGGAAUAUUUGGUGCUUUCUUCAAACAGAUUCAUCACCGUACCGGAGUACCUGCAAAACUUUCCUAACCUGGCACUGUUGGCCCUCGAUAAUAAUCUGUUGGAAUCUUUCGAUUUCUCCAUCCUGCAAAGUCUCGGCAAUCUUCAAUGGUUAGAGUUGCACGACAAUCAUUUAGCAAGCGUCGUUCUUCCAAAGGAGAUAGAUCUUCCAUAUCUGCACCAGCUGUUGCUGGCCAACAAUCGUCUGCAAAGUGUCAAUCUUGAGCAGUUGUACGCUCCACGUCUAAGCCUUUUGGACCUUAGGAACAAUCUUCUGACGACGAUACCGAACGUUUUCGAAAAAGGCAUCGAACAGCUUGAAUCGGUGAACGUGGUGGAUAAUCCUCUCACUUGCGGUACUUAUGAGACGUACAGGAAGUACAUACAUCUAGGCAUGAUCGUUCCAAAAUGGGUGUUGCAAAAUGCGGACCUUUGUUCGACAGGAACAUACUUCACGCUUACCGAAACACAACGCGUUUGUUGUUUGGUCUAA